GGCAGGGUGGUCUUGCCCUUUGGAGGGUCUCCGCCCGCAGCGCCACCCAACCCCCAGCAGCUCCGGAGCGGCGAGGCAAGUCCUACCUCAGCAAAAGAAGAUUAUCACCAUGCUCUUCAAGAGACACCCAAAACUUGCUACACAAAACCUCCUGUAGUUUAUGACUCAAAGAAGGAUUUGAAAUUAAAGAUCCAGGCCCUCAUAGAUAAAAACAAUGUUAUGAUCUUCAGCGACUCCACUUGCAAGCUCUGUUCUCAGGUGAAGGCGCUGUUCAGAUCCAUGAAUGUUUCCUAUUUUUCUCUUGAACUGGACCAGACAGAACAUGGGCUGCGACUGAAAGAAGCCUUGUAUGAACUCGCCAUGCAGACCUCACUGCCCCUCGUGUAUGUUCGACAAAACCAAGUCGGAGGCUAUGACCAAACUUUACAGGCACACAAGGGAGGAAAACUUAAAAAGAUGCUUGAAAUUAAUGGCCAAGCAGAAGGACAUUCUUAUGACUAUGAUCUGAUUGUCAUCGGAGGGGGCUCUGGUGGACUGGCUGCUUCCAAGGAAGCUGCCAAGCUGGGCAAGAAGGUAAUGGUGCUGGAUUUUGUUGUCCCUACUCCUUUGGGAACUAGGUGGGGUCUUGGAGGAACUUGUGUCAACGUAGGUUGCAUCCCUAAAAAGCUCAUGCACCAGACAGCUUUGCUUGGACAAGCCAUAUCUGAUGCUCCCAAGUUUGGGUGGCAGUUGGAGCCCAAAGUAGAUCACAGCUGGGAGACCAUGACAGAAGCGGUUCAGAAUUACAUUGGCUCUCUGAACUGGGGCUACCGGGUAGCUCUCCGAGAUAAUAAAGUUACAUAUGAAAACGCUUAUGGAGAAUUUGUUGGGCUUCACAGGAUUAAGGCAACAAAUAACAAAGGGGAAGUGAAGUUUUAUACAGCAGAGAGAUUUCUGAUUGCCACUGGAGAAAGGCCCCGUUAUCUAGGCAUCAAUGGAGACAAGAAAUAUUGCAUCACGAGCGAUGAUCUGUUCUCCCUGCAUUACUGCCCAGGAAAGACGUUGGUGGUUGGAGCUUCCUAUGUUGCCCUUGAGUGUGCAGGAUUUCUUGCUGGUCUUGGUUUAGAUGUGACUGUGAUGGUGCGCUCCAUUCUCCUAAGAGGUUUUGAUCAGGAUAUGGCAAACAAAAUAGGGGAGUACAUGGAAGGGCAUGGCAUCAAGUUCAUUAAGAAAUAUGUGCCCACCAAGAUUGAACAGAUCAAGGAAGGAACUCCUGGGAUACUAAAAGUUACAGCUAAACAUACCGAAGACUCAAAGAUUAUUGAAGGGGAAUACAACACAGUGUUGCUAGCCAUAGGGAGGGAUUCGUGCACAAGAAAAAUUGGCUUGGAGAGAAUCGGAGUGAAGAUCAAUGAGAAAACAGGCAAAAUCCCUGUCAAUGAUGAAGAACAAACUAACGUGCCGUAUAUCUAUGCCAUCGGAGACGUAUUGGAAGGCAAACCAGAACUCACACCGGUGGCGAUUCAAGCGGGUAGGCUGUUGGUACGGAGGCUGUAUGGUGGAUCACCUGUAAAGUGUGACUAUGUGAAUGUUGCAACCACAGUGUUCACCCCACUGGAAUAUGGAGCCUGUGGCUAUUCAGAAGAAAAAGCCAUAGAAAAAUUUGGAGCAGACAACAUUGAGGUUUAUCACAGUUAUUAUUGGCCGUUGGAAUGGACUGUCCCAUCCCGAGAUAACAAUAAAUGCUAUGCAAAAAUCAUUUGCCACAUACCCAAUAAGGAGCGUGUUAUUGGUUUUCAUGUGCUUGGUCCAAAUGCUGGCGAAAUUACCCAGGGAUUUGCAGCAGCCAUAAAGUGUGGAAUGACAAAAGAACAGUUGGACAGCACAAUAGGAAUUCAUCCGGUCUGUGCAGAGGUAUUUACCAGCUUGUCAGUGACAAAGCGCUCUGGUGGAAACGUUCUUCAGUCUGGAUGCUGAGGUUAAGCCCCCCCAUCUGUUGUUGUGGUUGCCAAAAACUGGCCUUCGUCACCAUUGCUGAUUUGUCAAAAGUGAGAGGAUGCAGCUAGAAGCAAACUCUUCAUCAGUUUUGUGAGCAAAGCAUGUGAAGAAACUGUCAGAAUGCUAUUGGUGAUAGAAUGGCAACCAACGCAACAGUGGGGCCGAAUCCUGUCAGCCUGCUUGGCAUGGCAUUGUCAAGAUGCUUCCAUGAAGUCACAGUCUAAAACCAGUGUUUUCUGGUAGACAGUGAUGGAAAGACUGCCGGCGCAAGCUUGACGCAAACUCUUUCUCCUUCUGGACGAAGAGCUUCCUCAGACUCUUAUUUUAUUUUUGCUUCCUCAGUUCGUUACCAUGGAAUUUCCAACAAACAAAGUAGGUGGCAGCAUAUCUGCACACCUGCUUCUAUGGAUCCAUAUUCUGUCUCUGGAUUUUUAGAGAUCAGGAUCUAAAUGUGUCUCACCAAAUGGUUCUAAGAAGCAAAAUACUUUCUCUUCAUCUACCUAUUUUUAGUUUGCCCAGAGCAACACAUUGGAAUUAAAUUCUACACAUCACUGUUGUUCAUUUUUAGAAACAACGUCUUACAAUCACAGAAAUGACAGCUAUGUUCUGUCACGCUGCAAGUGACGUUUCUUUUUUCAGUAACACUAGCCUUAUUUAUAACUGUGUUUUGGGAUACCUUAUCAAUGUUUUCAGGAAUACUGUUCCAGUUGUUCUUAAAUUGUAUCAAUAUUUAAUGAAAGCAAGAGUAAAACAUUUUUGAGUGUGUUGAAAAUUAGCAUGAUCUCUUAAAACCUGCUGUCUCAAAUAUCCCUUCUCCUCCCCCAUCACCUGUUUGCCUGUUGUUUGAUAAGAAGUGUUUUGAGGAAUGGCAGCUCCCUUCACUCUGUGAUUACUAUGUCAUUACCAUGGAAACCAGCUGUCCACAGUCUGCAUCUCUUUAUGUAUUGUCUGGGAUAAACUCUUAAAAGUAUCCUGUGCAACAAUUGUAACUUGGUUCAAGAGGUUGAUUCCUGUAUUGCCUUCCUACCUAGAGAGAAUGCUAACUGAAGUACUCAGCAGAAAUGGGCAGACUCCUUUAGACCAUCCAACCUAUACAGCUAUCAGUGAUCAGAUGCAGAGAUUUACUAUUUGCUCCUGGAGAAGACUGCUGCCAUCCCAGAUUGAAAGAAGUGUUUUUGCCUGAAAGUAGUGAUCUAUGAAAUUUAUGAAUAAGCUUUUGGGUCACAGAAAAUAAAUGUAGACGCUCCGGUACUAAAA